GUGUCAUUUUCAGAGUCGGACAACGUGAAAUCUGAAAGUCAAGUCCAGAUAAAAUGCGCUGCAUCUUUCCAGCCCAUUAAAUAUGUUACCGUCUGCAUCUUCAGAUUGUCGUGACAUGUUGUGCUUUUAGCGGGUUUUGUGUCACGAUGCUCCGGGCGGCAGCUAAAGCUUUUUCUGCUGCAUCAACCGGCGCGGUGUCCCGGAGAGUAACGACAGCUGUUCGACACUAUUGUAAGAACACGCCGACAAAACUGAGAGUGUCCGAAGCACUGUCGGGAGCAGAUCUAGGAGCUAACGUCAAAGUGCAGGGAUGGAUUCGCUCCGUUAGACCUCAGAAAGCCAACGUCUUCCUGCAUGUGAAUGAUGGGAGCUCCUUGCAGUCAUUGCAGGUUGUCGCAGGUGCAGAGCUGAACGAUCCGUUGCUCACUUUUGGCAGUGCCGUUGAAGUCACAGGUAUUCUUAAGAAAAGUCCACACCAAAAGCAAUCGGUUGAGCUUGAUGCUGAGCGAAUUAAUGUAGUUGGAGAGUGUAACCCUGUGGAUUUUCCCUUUAAAAUCAAAGAGAGACACGGCCUUGAGUAUAUUCGCCAAUUUCCUCAUCUCAGGUGUAGAACAAAUGCUUUUAGCUCCCUGUUGAGGAUACGAAGUGAGGCCACCACAGCAAUUCACUCAUAUUUCAAGGACUGUGGCUUUGUACAAGUUCACACACCAGUCAUCACCUCAAACGACUGCGAAGGAGCAGGGGAGCUCUUUCAGGUUGAGCCAUCGGGCCCAGAUCACGCCGAUGGAGAGAACUUCUUCUCUGUACCAGCCUUCCUGACUGUGUCUGGACAGCUUCAUUUGGAAGUGAUGUCAGGGGCUUUUUCCAAAGUCUACACAUUUGGGCCGACUUUCCGUGCGGAGAACUCCCAAAGCAGACGCCACCUGGCUGAGUUUUACAUGGUAGAGGCAGAGAUCUCCUUCACACGGUCCUUAGAAGAUCUCACUAAGGUUAUGGAGGACAUGUUCAGAUCUGCCACGGAGCAUAUAUUGGCUCACUGUGCGGAGGAUGUGGAUUUAUUUCACAAGCAUGUGACUCCCGGGCACAGGGACACUGUAGAUGCUAUGCUGAAGAAUAGCUUUCCUGUGAUUACAUACAGAGAAGCUAUAGACAUCCUACACCGCAGCUCUGAGAAAUUUGCCUUCCCAACAGACUGGGGCUGUGACCUUAAGACUGAACACGAGAAGUACCUGGUGAAACAUUGUGGCAACAUUCCAGUCUUUGUCACUGAUUAUCCUUACGAUCUGAAGCCUUUUUAUUCAAGAGACAACCAGGAUCAUCCGGAGCGUACAACAGCUGCAGUGGACCUUCUUGUGCCAGGAGUUGGAGAGCUCUGUGGGGGCUCCCUCAGAGAGGAGAGGCUGAAUCUGCUGAGGGCUCGGCUGGAAGAGGCUGGAUUAGAAGACGUCUACAGCUGGUAUCUGGAUUUGAGGCGUUUUGGCUCCGUCCCUCACGGUGGCUUCGGACUGGGAUUUGAGCGAUAUUUGCAAUGCAUUCUCGGCGUUGACAAUAUAAAAGAUGUGAUCCCUUUCCCAAGAUUUUCCCAUUCUUGUCUUCUGUGAAACAGUUGCACCAUUUUGUAUAUGUUCACAAAGUUAUGUUCGC